AUGUCGAGUUACGAUAAUGAUGAGAAUAUCGAUAGUUACAAUGAUUCUCUUGAUAGUCAACUAGAUUCCGGUUACUUAACAUUUAAUUCAUCUUGUACCUCCUCCUCGUAUUUAACAUCUCCCACGCGACUCUCGCCAUCACAUGUCACCUUCAAUCAGAUCGAUUCUCCAUUUGCUGAACAAUACACAAAUCCCAUUAAUGUAAAAUUUCUUUCAAUCAUCGAUUACGAAAACUAUCGGACAACAAGAAAGCAUUUCGAUAUCUUAACGCAACUCUCUCAUCGUAAUGCAUAUCAUUUAAUCGAUGAAGUCUUAAAACAUUUGUCGGCCGUUGAUCUCAAUCAGAGUUUGAAUGUUUGUAAAACUUGGUCUAUUAUCGUCUCCGACUAUCUUCGACGGAAACAAACGAAAACUGUCAAACGAAACCUUUUCAACGAUCAAGAUGCCAAAGUAAACAACGCACCAAUGCAUUCGAUAACCAAUCUGAAUCUAUCGACAAGUCAGCGCGUGAAACUAACAUCGAAGGAAAAUGAUAAUUGUCUUACAGCUAGUUCCAUGACAUUUCGCUAUGGAUAUCUGAAAUAUUUACAUGGGCCAACAGUUACAAAACGAUGUCCACUUUGUGGCUUUGUUUCCGUUGUCGAUACAAACGAUCAGCACGGUAUUUGCACAAAUCCACUAUGUCAGAAUAGUUUUUGCCAAUAUUGCUCGGGUCCAUAUCAUCCAUCGAGUCCAUGUAAAACAACUAUUGGUCCAAUAAAGUCUCCAUGGCGCCAACGUUCAUCGAUAUCUCCAAUAUUUUCCAAUAAAACACGAAAUAAUCUACGUCGUUUGUUAAUACGUUAA